AUGUGGGGUCCGCUGGAGCUUGCGCUGAAUCUGUCGCUGACUUCAUGGGGAGUUUUGGUGUGUUCGUUGCUGCUGGGGUGGCACUUCUUGUCGUCGAGGAAGCAAGCGCGAGCGCUGUCCAAGUUCACUCGCCCUGCAUCGACUCUCCCGGUGCUCGGUAACACGCUCGACCUCAUGUUCAAGCACCGACACGACAUCCACGACUGGAUGCUGGACGAGUGUCGACGCUGUGAAGGACGUCCGUGGGUGCUGGCUGCUGUUGGUCGGCCAACGACGGUGGUACUCUCGGACGUUGACGCGUUCGAGGACGUCCUGCAUCGCAAGUUCGACAGCUUCGGGAAGUGCAGCGCGUGGCUCGUGAGCGACGUGUUCGGCGACGGCAUCUUCGCAGCGGAUGGAGUGUCGUGGAUCCACCAGCGCAAGACCGCCAGCCACCUCUUCUCUCUGCACAUGAUGCGCGAGAGCAUGGAGCAAGUCGUGCGCGAGCAAGCCACAGUCUUGUGCGAGACACUGCGGGCUCACUGCACGGACAACCAAACCAGUACUUCGCCUCAACGUGGCGUUCCAGUUAACCUCAAGUACACCAUGGACUGGUACGCCACCAACGUGUUCACGCGCGUGGGCUUCGGUGUUGAUCUGGACUCGCUCAGCAGCCAAGAACACAAUGAAUUCUUCUGUGCCUUCACGCGUCUUCCGAUUGGAAUCCAUCGUCGCAUUCAACAGCCAGGAUGGCUCUGGAGACUCAAGCGAGCGCUCGACUUGGGCGACGAGAAGCAGCUGAAGCUGGACAUGGCGCGCGUCGAUGGCGUCAUCUACCAAGUGAUCUCGCAGUCCAUGGAGUCAAAGUCCGACACAGCUCCAGUGGAGUCCAAGCGCCUUCCCGACUUGAUAUCGCUCUUCCUAGCUAAGGAGACCAACGAGUACCGGGACCGUGAAGCAAAGCAGGACAAUGGGGCGGUAGCCACUUGCCGUGUGGAGACGACUCCGAAGUUGAUCCGAGACAUGGCGUUUAACUUCACUGCUGCGGGCCGAGGAACCACGUCGCAAAGUCUGCAGUGGUUCAUCAUCAUGAUGAACCGGUUCCCGGGCGUCGAAAGGAAGAUCCGCGAGGAGCUUCAAGCGAAGUUACCGCAGCUUUUUGAAGAGGACAGCACGCCUCCCAGCAUGAACGACGUCCAGCAACUAGUCUACCUGGAAGCCGCCAUCAAGGAGAGUCUGCGGCUGAACCCUGUGGCUCCACUCAUUGGCCGCACUGCCACGCAGGACGUCGUCUUCAGUGAUGGGAUGUUCAUCCCGUCCGGAACGCGUGUGAUUAUCCCGACGUUUGCUGUCGCUCGACUACAGUCGAUCUGGGGGGAAGAUGCUGCUGAAUUCAAGCCUGAGCGCUGGAUUGACCCUCACACGGGAAAGUUGAGGGUCAUUUCGCUAUACAAGUUCUUGGUGUUCCUGGCCGGCCCACGGUCAUGUCUUGGAGCCAAGCUGGCCAUGCUCGAGUUGAAGGUUGCGCUCGCGACAGUUUUGAGCAAGUUCCACCUUCGAGUGCUGAGAGACCCCUUCGAAAUCGGCUACGACGCCUCCAUAUCGUUGCCAGUAAAGGGCGACGUCCUCGCGAUUGUUGAAGCCGCUAAGGUCGGGAAUUCCGCGGGCGCUGCGUAG